ACGCACAUUAAAGCGAGGAAAGAUCUCUUGCAGAUUCCUGCGAAACAGAGUAUGAAAGGCAAUAAAUUAAAUCUAUGCAGACGCGAUUCCUGCGAAACAGAGUAUGAAAGGGAAUAAAUUAAAUCUAUGCAGACGCAGUCGCGUCUAUGCUGAGAAUGCAGGUUCCUUUGUAGCUUCAACAAAACCGAGUUAAUUGAUAUUUGCUGGUGCUUAUAUCUUAUAUAAGGAAGGCAAUUAUAUUUGCAAAGAGAACAAUCACAGAUAAGAAACUUUGUAAGGACAGGAAGCUAAGGAUUACGCAACACUAAGUUUCAAAUUGGAAAGAAAUUGACUGUUUGUAAAUACUUCAACAAUGGUUUCCGUGAUUGCAAACUGUAUGCAUGGGGAAUCGCACAAGGCUUGGAUGAGGGCAACGAACAAGAUUUGUAAAGGAAAAUAUAGAUCAGAACAUCAUGGAAAAGGGCUAUAUAAAUUGCCGCAGAUCAGUACUGACUCCUUAUCAGAUGUUCUUUGUCAGUAUCUGCAAUAUGCCCUCCACUUUGCCAGUAUUCACUCCUUAGAUGAUGUACUCAAGGAAUGCUUCUUAGACUUGGGAUUAUUUCUCGGGGAUAGGAAAAUAUGUGCUGAUGCAAUUUUGGACAUAUGGGUUUAUGUUCGCAAGCUACAAAGGCAUGAUGCUAUUGACAUCUUAUCACAACUUGCAAGCAGCAAUCUGUUAAAUUUAACGAGCAAUUCAAGAGGAAGUACGACAAUGUCAUAUGGAAAUACUUCAGAGUUAUACUUUUCCCACCGUGACGGAAUGCGAAAUUUGGCCAUGUAUUUGGGACACCAUGACAAUAUACUCCACUGCAAGAGGUUGUUCAUAGAAAGGAAGAACUUUGGUUCGUUAGAAAAAUGGGAGUUGCUCAGAGAUAGAGCUUCUCAUACUCAAAUUCUCUCCAUUCUCACCGGCCCUAUGGAGGAAAAUGACUGGUAUGAUAUGAAUUUCCCCGAGACAGAGGCUCUGUUAUUAUUCUUUACUUCGACAGAAUACUUUCUUCCCCAAUUUCUGAAAUCCAUGAAAAAGCUAAAGUUUCUGAUGAUAUUCAAUUGUGGUACAAACAAGGCAAUAGUGAAAGGUCUAGAUGUCUUAUCAUCACUCACUCAACUCAAGAGUGUCCGCUUGGAGAGGUUGAUUUUACCCUUUGUUGAAAAACGGGGCAUUGAAGCACUGCAGAACAUAGAGAAGCUAUCUUUAAGCUUAUGUGAAGGAUUUGAAAAUAUAUCUCCAUUCACCAAGCUAAAAGAUUUUAACCUGGACCACAGCAAUGAUUUGGAUUUACCUCUUGGUAUCUGCAAAAUGCCUUCCACUCUAUCAUGCUCUAUUACCAACUGCCAUCAGCUUCAAAAUUUACCAUAUGAUUUUGGAAAUAUGAGCAAUCUGAGAAUGUUGAGGUUAUCGGCAUUACCACGCCUGGAACAACUUCCUGUGUCAAUUGGGAAACUUGUACAGUUGGAAUAUUUAGACAUUUCACUAUGCGAGGGCUUGAAAGAACUUCCUAAGGAAAUAGGCCAGCUCAAGAAAUUGAGGGAGCUUGAUAUGAGAGAGUGUACUCGUUUGAUGGCACUAGCUUCAACUGUUUGUGAACUAAGUUCCCUGAAGCUUGUCACCUGUGAUGUGACGAUAGGGAAGCAGUGGUUGCGAGCCAAGAACAUUUCUAUUCCUGAGCUUAGAGUUGAAAUUGUGGAAGCACGCUUUAGUUUGGGUUGGCUUGAUGAUUGACUUCUUUUAUUAUCUCUUAUCUUGAAGAACAAGAUCCAAGGAUUUUGGCAUCCUUUGUAAAUUUUUCAUUAUUUUUUUUUAAAUACAAGGUCCUCUAGAUUUUCAGCCAA